AAGCAUGAUAUGACCGAGCAAGUAGAUACCGGAAGUAAGUCAGGUGCAUCUUACAAAUAAAAGCCCUUUUAAAUUGCCCGAAGGCCUCAGCGCCGUGUUCCUCAAAAGGGAACUCUUAUUUUGAAAGUUACCGGAAAUGCAAUACAUAUAUUUUUCUGUGGGAAGAGCACCAGCCAAACGUGUGGUGUCACUGUCGGUAAAACACGGGGAUACAAACAAACCCCACACUCCGCAAACAGCGGAGCUAAAUCGGGGAGAAAAGACGGCGAAGCGACGCCGGUUUCCCGCCGCUCGGUCCUACCGGCCGCCCGCAGAGAUGGAUGUCCGACCCGGGGUGUAGACUCCUGCCGCGGGACUGAAGACGAUGGGCCCAGCGUCCCUGUUCUUCAGGAGAUGUCUCUGGGUCGGCUGCUGCGACGCGCCUCCUCCAAGGCCUCCGACCUCCUGACCUUCAACCCCGGGGCGGCAGGCUCGUCGCUGCGCUCGGGCUUGGACGGCGAAAUCAUCUUCUCCAAGAACAAUGUGUGCGUGCACCCGGCGGAGCCGCUGCCCGGCCUGGCGGAGCACCACCCAGGCUACCUCUGCGUCCACGCGGAGAAGGAUGAGAGCGUAGGCACCACUCUGAUUCUCACCUGGGUGCCCAACUCCCGCAUCCAGAAGCAGGACGAGGAGGCGCUGCGCUACGUGACACCGGAGAGCUCGCCGGUCCGCAGGAAUGCGCGGCGCCGAGGCCGACGGCCCCACUGCCACCACCCGGCGGCCCAGGAGGAAGACGAGGACGAGGAGCGGAACAUCACCAGCGGCGCGGCGGCGGAGAGCCCCGGGCUUCAGGCGGCGGCGGGAGCGGAUCCCUCCUCCCACCACCAGCAGCAGCUGCCGUCGGCGGGGGAGGAGGGCGACGAGGGCUCCUGCGAGCUGUCGGACGAGGUGAGUCGGGACAGUACCAUGGGUUCCGACUCGGACACGUUCUCCUCGCCGUUCUGCCUGUCCCCGGUCAGCGAGGCCCUCUGCGAAAGCAGCGGCUCCGUCUUCCUGGACAGCGAAUGCAGGGAGCUUUGCGAAGAGUCAAUGACUCACUCCGUGAGCUCCGCCUCCAGCCUGGACAGCCACGCCCCCUCCGAGAGUGGCAGCCAGUCGCACGGCGCGCGUUGGGAGGAGCAGCAGAAGGUGCUGGUGCUGGAGCAGUUGUGCGGCGUUUUCAGGGUGGACCUGGGCCACAUGCGGUCGCUGAGACUCUUCUUCUGCGAUGAGGCGUGUACCAGCGGCCAGCUGGUGAUCGCCAGCCGAGAGAGCCAAUACAAGAUCCUCCACUUCCACCACGCCGGCCUGGACAAGCUGGCGGAGGUCUUCCAGCAGUGGAAGUGCUGCAGGGAAACUCAGCUUAAAGACCAGGUAUCCGAUGAGAAGUCCUGCAUGCAGUUUUCCAUCCAGAGGCCCACGCUGCCGUCGGCUGAGACCCACCCGGAGGAGAAGCUGUAUCGCCGGCUGGACGUCACCUCCUGGCUACGUCACCUCAACCACAACGGGCAGGUGGAGGAGGAGUACAAGCUGCGCAAGGCCAUCUUCUUCGGCGGUAUUGACCCGUCCAUCCGUGGCGAGGUGUGGCCCUUCCUGCUGCACUACUACAGCUAUGACUCCACCUCUCUGCAGAGGGAGGCCUGGAGGCUGCAAAAACGCUCCCUCUACCAUGACAUCCAACAGAGGAGGUUGUCCAUGAGCCCGGAGGAGCACAGCGAGUUCUGGAGGAAGGUCCAGUUCACUGUGGAUAAAGACGUGGUGCGAACGGACCGCAGCAACGACUUCUUCAGAGGGGAGAAUAACCCCAACGUGGAGAUCAUGAGACGGACCCUGCUCAACUACGCGGUGUUUAAUCCAGACAUGGGCUACUGCCAGGGCAUGUCUGACCUGGUGGCCCCCCUGCUCACCGAGAUCCAGGACGAAAGCGACACCUUCUGGUGCUUCGUCGGCCUCAUGGAGAACACCAUCUUCAUCAGCUCACCCCGUGACGACGACAUGGAGAGGCAGCUGAUGUACCUGCGCGAGCUGCUGCGUCUCAUGCUGCCUCGCUUCCACCAGCACCUGACCGGGCUGGGGGAGGACGGCCUCCAGCUGCUCUUCUGCCACCGCUGGAUCCUGCUCUGCUUCAAACGAGAGUUCCCCGACACCGAGGCCCUGCGCAUGUGGGAGGCCUGCUGGGCGCACUAUCAGACGGACUACUUCCACCUGUUCCUGUGUGUGGCCAUCAUUGUUCUCUACGGGGAGGACGUGACCGAGCAGCAGCUCGCCACCGACCAAAUGUUGCUCCACUUCAGCAACCUCUCCAUGCACAUGAACGGAGAACUGGUGCUACGCAAGGCCCGCAGCCUUCUCUACCAGUUCCGCCUGCUACCCAGAAUCCCCUGCAGCCUACAUGACCUUUGUAAACUGUGUGGCCCGGGGAUGUGGGACAGCCGCUACAUCCCCACCGUGGAGUGUUCAGGUGAGCACCCGGACUCCCAGAGCUGCCCCUAUGGAGGCACCUCCACCCCCCAGCCCUCCUCCCCCUCCCUGUCCUCCUCACCAAACCCCGCCCCCACGCCGCCGCUAAAGGGUAAGAAAGGCUCCAAAACCCGGGACAUUUUUACCUUCCGAAAACCGUCCUGAGAAGAAGGCCACGGGGAGCGUCGCUGGUCCGGUUUUUGCACCCUGAAUCCCUGAACUACGCGCCGCCCUCUGGCUGCUCGCCCCGCUUCUAGUUUCCCCACCUGACUGAGGAUGUCGGCCUCUCGAUCCUUCCACCAGGAACAACGAGGAGCACUGCCUUAACCGAAUUAUAUUUGCAAGGCGAGCCCCAAAACGGGGGCUUUCCUGCUGGAGGCAGAAAGGACAAUCGGCGGGCGCAGCCUCGGUCCGGAGCGGCUUCAGGUCCGGGUCUGCUGCUGGCUUGGCGUUCCUCCAGUGGGCACGGGGUCACGUCAGGGUCUCAGCCAACCGGCCUGAAAUCCAGCCGACUCUGACCGAGGGGGGGUGAAGUGAAAACUGGAGAUUCAUUCACAGGACUUGAACUUGAGCUUCUCCAAACAGUGGCGUGUUCUCACAAUGGAAUAUGUGUGUGGAUAUCAGAUGACAUGUGCAUAUCUCAAGCCUGAGUCGGACACAUUAAACAUGAAAUCCAAACCUUCUGCGUUAACAAAGAAGGGUUGGCCUACAAAUAGGAUUAUAACGAGUUACCUUCUGAGUUUUGUUUCUUUCUUUCCAAACAAGUGAAUGUUUGCGUUUAUUUCAGCGGUUUCAAAUAUUUAGCAAUACUAUAUCCUUGCAUGAAGUGUUCCUGACAUAUAGAGGGCACGACUUGUUUGUUGGAAAACACCAAAGCCCAAAACACAAGUUAGAAUGUGUUUACACAACAAACAGCCACAUCGCGAUAGGGCUCCGCUUAUUUCCAUUCGUGUCAUUUGUGUUAUAAUGUUUUGUCCCGGCAGGCGGGUGCCUCCGGGCUAAAGAGCGACCCGGGCUAACCGUUUGGACCACGCCGCCGUGAGAGAGCGCUCCGUGUCGAGUGGUCGAUGGACACGAAGCCGCCGUCUUUCCAAAGAAAGGAUAGAGCUUGUUUUUACCCUGACGGAAAAACUGGCGGCUUGGUGGUUUUUACUUGAAGUUUGGUCUUUUUUGUGUUGAACCAUGUUUACACAGUGUGUGUGUUUUUUCUUUUUUUCUUUCUCUACUUUCACACCUUACACUGCAAACGCACUAUCAACACAAAGAAUCAGUCCACAUGAAUGUAUCUGGGGGAUUUCGUGCUUCUUUUUACUCCACUGUGUGUGUGUGUGUGUGUGUGUGUGUGUGUGUGUGUGUGUGUGUGUGUGUGUGUGUGUGUGUGUGUGUGUGUGUGACUCUCCACAUCUGGUAAUGAGUUGGAGAACAGCCAUAGAGAGCCUCCCUGCCUCCCCCGCUGACCAGUCUCUUUAUUUCUAGCAGUCAUCAUGGGGAGCAGGAGAGAAGGAAAGUGAAGCUGGCGCUUUAGAGGAAAAGAAAUAAAAAAAUAAAGUGUGAUCCAAGCAUAGCGCGGAGAUCUGCAUCUCGCCUUUUGUGAGUGGGGAAAAAAAAAGGGUCUUCACUCGGAGGCUUUUGCUUCACAGCCUUUGAGUGACGUCCCCCGGCGCUAAAAACAUCGUCAAAUUGCUGCUAAAAUAUCACAUCGAGACCUUCAAUCAGCCCCCCCCCCCCCUCUUUCUCUCUCUCUCUCUCUCUCGCUACGUCUCUUGUGGUCUCUUUCGCUCAGCAAGCAGUCUCUGCAAAUGACAUUUGUAGCUGCUCCUUCUCCCUAAUAGUUAUCACGUGCAUGCCCGCUCUGGAAAGACCCGCAGAGUUUAAAAAGAGUAAAGUCAGAGAUGCACGAUGGGAAAGUAAUCAAAACUGUGUGGGUGAGUUUUUUUUCUUGUUUUUUUUCCCCCCCAAAUCCUCAUUGAAAUCACAUUGUCUACAGACACCGUAUGUCACGAUAUCAACAUCCGCUCCUUGUUCAAGGGGCUUUGACCAUCACUGAAUGUACAAUGUCGCUGUUGAUCUCUACGGUAUGUUGGUAAAUCACUGUACACACCUCAGAGAAGAAUGCUAUUCUUAUUAUUGGUAUUAAAAACACAGAUGUACUUUCGAAAAGCAGGUCUUGAAAAUGAUUUACUGAACAAUAUAUGAGCAAGCGUUGAAUUGAAGGCUUUUUGACAGUUAAUAACUUGUGAUUGUGAUCUGAUUCUGAGUAAAAGAAUGCUGGAUUUACAGAGGCACCACCAGUAUGUUCGGUCAUUAAAUACCGCUCAUGUUAUAGCAUAAA